AUGCACGACGAAACAGGCGACGACAACGGCGUCACGGGUGCACCUCCAGAACAGCCACCCAAUACGACGACCCAGGAGGCAUCGAGGUUCGACGAUGCUCCCGAGACAUUCGGGCACGAAGAGGCGGCGAGGGAAGCAGGAGAUACAGGGAAUGCCCCAACGACAGCACAGAGCGAUGUGUCGCGACGCUCGAGGACUUCGGAGGUGGUAGACCAAGUCAGGGAGGCCCUGCAGGGUGGUGAGGUUUCGAAGGAGGAAGCACUGGAGGUGCUUCUCGCUAACCUCGGACUCCAACAACUCGCACCGGGAGGUACGUCUGGGGUCAAACAACUGAUCCAGACCCAGAGGAGCAGUAGCCCGGACCCCGGCAGUGACGAGGCAUUGAGCUACGCAUCCCUUAGACUGACGCCGCCUGCGUCUGGAUUCGGAGACCCGAAUCUGACCAACGCUGCUGAACAGGUAUGUCGGGAACGACAGCCCGAUGAAACCUCCGACGACUAUCGCAAACGCUCGAACGUGGCCAAGCGUUUAGUUUCCGGAGGGAUGGUCCCUGCGGGAGGGAACGAUGGAAACAAGGGGAUCGCGAAGUCGGAGGAGCAAAAGCCGGUGCCCUUGACCGGGGGCGAGUAUAGAAGGGGAGCACCUGGCGGUCGCUCGCAGAAGGACGCCCCGCCGCAUAUGUUUGGCGGACUCACUACCAGAUGGGGAACACGUACUGCCUGGGGGGGUGGAUUUAGUAAUAGAUUAACGGCUGGAAACGAUAGACAGCAUUCCGGUAAUAAAAUUCCCGUUUAUUCGACGUCCACUCCCAUUAAGCAUGAGCAAGAUGGAAGCCGUCAUGGGAACCAUGAAGAAGGUGAGGAGGAUGACCUUCACUUUACUCAUGGCUACCUCUUAGAGGGAAAGUCAACAUAUCCGAGCCCGUCCAAGAUUGGAUAUCAAGUCAGCCGUGAGAGAGGAAGAAAGGAAGGAUACCGACAGGAACCUUACAAUCAUGGAUUGAAAGGGGCAGAGGAGAAGAAGCUUCAAGAACCGGAACUUGGUUUACAGGGAGAGGAAGCAGUGGUAUACCCUCGAACACCAGUCUCGGGACUGAGACAGGACCAAUUCGGACGACAGUGUGACGUUAUAGACAACGCACAUGAGACUCACCAAAGACAAACCAUGGGGAGCAUGCGGAACCGAACUCCAUCAGCACAACCAAGUUCAAUUCAGCGUAACCUCACGCCGGCACAAGGAUUUGAGGGUGUAAAUGAUUUAUUUCAUAAGUAUCGUCGCGAGAGCGAAGAACGAGAACUGAAGACAUAUUCUAGUCUUCAAAGGCAAUUCAAUGCCCUCGAUAUACCUGAAGACUCGCCUUUUCUGGAUGAAGAAAAGGAUCGUAUCAUCGCCAUUAUUGAGGAGUAUUUGGGCAGAGAGAGAAGCUUACCUCGGGCAAUUGACGACCGCUCCAACCCGAUAAAGAUACCCAACCCGGGCAAAUACAAUGGUGAGCGAAGUAUGGAAAAAUUUGAUACGUUUCUGUACUUGUUCUGCUCAUGGGCUCGAGCAAAGGGCCUGGGAGGGCCCAACAAUGAAUUCUAUUUGGUGGAGAUCAUCGGUCAUUACUUACAGGACAAGGCUCAGUCUUGGUAUAUUGAGAACGUCGCUAGCAUCAAUCGGCGACAAGUAUCAUGGUCACUCUCUGAAGUAAUGACUGGACUGUACGCUCGAUUUGUGUUCGAGGCGGUAUCGCGUGAGCCAACUGAUAAGUACAACGUGGUACGGUACACUGAAGAGGGAGGAAUUCAGACCCUGAUCUCCGAACUUCGUACAUAUGCUAAACGCAUGCCUCAGAAGCCUUCACCUAUUGCGUUCAUGCAGCGAAUUCUGCAGGAGCUUCCACCUCGGAUGAAACUCAUUGAUGAUAGCAAGACACCCGAGGAUGGUGCUGAGAUCCAAGACAUCCAACGUGCCGGGAUCAAGUAUGAAAAUGCCCAACGGUUGGCUAAGUUGUAUAACCAAGACAGUGGUUCUGGAUCUAGAACCUCGAGCUCAAGGGCCGACAAUCAAGAUUCAUGGCGACCUGGGUACCAAAGGGAGCGCGACACAGGCAGAUUGGUGAAGGAAGAUAAUCCUACUGUAUGGAAGAGGGAUUCUGAUGCCCCUCGAAACCGAACUGAGAAGCCUAGUUCAACUGCUGCCACAGCAGGGACGAGUAAGCGUGGUGGUGAAGAGAAGAACAAGCCUUCAGGUGGCAGUGGUGGAUCGCGAAACAAGAUUUGCCAUGCAUGUGGGCAAGUGGGUCACUUUGCAGCUGACAAAGUAUGUCCAAAGUACGGGAAAGGGAAGAGUCGAGAGCAGUUGCGUGCGAUUCAUGAGACUGAUGAAUCGGAAAGGGAUACAUCGGAUGCGGAUUCGAAUGGUGGAUAUGGAGAAGAGUACCAAUCCGAGUCUGAGGGUGAAUACGAACAUAUCUCAGACUUCGAGUCCGAGAAUGAGUUGAGGGAGCCUAGGGAUCAGCUUACCCGUAUGGCCGAAUUGGACAAUGAGUUCGAGUCCGAUUACGAGUUCCUGAGGGCAAUGGGCACCAUAGAGGGGGAGUCUGGCGCUCAAAGGGAUAAAGAACGAAAUCCCCGAAAGGCGUACAAGAUCUCAUCACGUACAAUUGACCGUCCCAUCCGUACCUGGAAGGAGAAACAUGCAUUAAUUGCAGAAGUGCAGUUCAAUGGUAAAAAGGCGAUCACCAUGUUCGAUAGCGGAAGUAGCACUGAUUCACUUUCGCCGGCAUUUGCGCGAGUGAAUGAAAUAAAGGUUCAUCCCUUAUCUACUGAACUUGCACUCCAACUGGGGACAGUUGGAAGCAGAUCCAGUAUCAAGUAUGGUACCAUCGUGAACAUCGAUUUUGGACCUUUGAAAAACAUCUGUGACUAUGUAGAUGUUGUCAACCUUGAUCGGUAUGAUGCUAUACUCGGAACCGUAUUCAUGAGGAAGCAUAAAAUUAUGCUUGAUCUUGCAAACGAUCAGAUUUUUGUGGAUGGGAAGCCAUAUCCAGCCCUAUCCGAGACUGAGGAGCGGAAACUGAUGGCUCGAAGGAGUGCCAUGCGCAAGAUGGCGCACCCUCAAUCUGAAUGA